UUCACAUAAAAAUUCUCCCUUUUCCCUCUCAAGUCUAAACGUUUCUCUCUCUUGUUCAUGAGUUCACCCCUUCCAUCAAUCUAGCUCACUACAUUUCAUCUGGGUUCAGUUGUGCAAUGGAGGAAUCUCAGAUUAAUAAUUCCAGUACCAAAUUGGAAUUUCCUGAUGAUACAAUUGAGGAUUCUGAGAGUGAUAAUAAUCCCACUACUAUAAUUGAUCUUCCUGAUGAUUGCCUUAUUUUCAUCUUCAAACACCUUACUACCGAACAUGAUCGAGUAUCCUUUGGAUUAACCUGCAGUAAGUGGCUAGAUCUUCAAAACCGAAACCGGCAAUCUUUACAGUUUGAUUGCUCACUCACCUACACUAAACAUCUCUUCAGAAACCCAUACAUGAUCAACACAUAUGACCUUCAUAAAACACUGUCACGUUACCAACACCUACGAUCACUAUCCUUAUCUGGUUGCACUACACUACCAGAUUCAGGCCUAAAGCUAUUACAGUACUCUGGUUCAAAUCUUCGAGCCUUACAUUUGGAUUGUUGUUUUAAGAUCAGUGAUAAUGGUGUUUCGUUUGCUGCAAGUGGUUGCCCUUUGUUGAAGUUUAUCAGCCUAUAUCGUUGCAACGUUACUGAUGUAGGUUUAGAAAGCUUGGCUAAGUUUUGUUCGGGUUUGGAAGAUGUUAAUCUUACCUAUUGUUUGGGUAUUACUGAUAGUGGUAUAAACUCUCUUGUUCGGAAUUGUGUUCAUCUAUAUGGGAUUAGAAUCAGCAAUUGUAGGAACAUAAAGGGCGUUGGGUUUCGUGGGUGUUCACGAAGUUUGGCUUAUUUGGAAGCUGAAUCUUGUAAGCUCGACCCUGAAGGGAUAGCAAGUAUGGUGAGCGGAGGAGGAUUAGAGUAUCUAAACACUUCGAAUCUUAGUUGGUCGAUUCUUGGAGAUGGAUUAUCAGCAAUUGGGGGAGGAUUUGGAAAAAUGAUUAGGGUUUUGAAUAUGAGACUAUGUAGGACAAUUAGGGAUGAGGGUGUCGGACUAAUUGCUCGAGGUUGUCCAUCAUUAGUGGAGUGGAAUUUGGCAUCAUGUCAUGAGAUUCGAGUUUUAGGGUGGGAGUCGAUUGCCUUGAAUUGUAACAAUUUGGAAAGACUCCAUGUGAAUCGAUGUAGGAACUUAUGUGAUCGUGGGUUGGAAGCUUUGAAGAAUGGUUGCAAGAAGCUUGAUGUUUUGCAUAUGAAUGGAUGUCCUCAAAUUAGUACAAUAGCAAUUGAAUUGUUUAGGUUAUCAAGAGGUGAUCUUAUCAAAGAAGAUGAACAUUUCACAAUUGGCCCAAAGUGGCAAUUUUGGUGGCACCAAAGAAUUUUUGUGGAGUAAUUAUAUAGAUCUCUGUUUUUUUUAGCUUCAAACUUUCAAGAAGUUUGUAUCAGUUUUGAUUAUUGUCAAACUUUUUCGAGCGAUUUCCUUCAAUAU